GUAGGGUAUCAGUUGACACAUCCCUCAGCAAUGAUAGGAAGCAGAAAUAAAACAACACAUCAACCAUCCCAUGCUAAUCCAAUGGGUCGUGACCUUGUGACUGUUUGUCCCUGCUUUGAAUGACAGCCCAGUCCCAUAUGGUUGGAUAUUUUUAGGUUUGUUCUCAGAAGGGGGAAUAUCUUUUAAAACGAACUUUGAGAAGGGGUUGUUGGGCUUGCUUUGGACCACUGGUUAAUUUGGAAAUGCUUCAAAUCACAGAAGAAGGGGACGAAGUUAUUAUGCUUCCAAGAAAGAAAAAUAAAAACGAAGCGUCGACACCAGCCGAGGCACAUGGACGAUCUGUGAAGAAGGAGACAUCACCACUCCUGAAAAAUCUCAUGCCCUCGUUCAUCCGACAUGGACCCACUAUCCCCAGACGCCCCAAGGUCCCUCUGCCGGAGCCUGGCUCAGCCUAUCCCGUGGGGCCUGUGUUGGCCGGCAACAAGAGCUUCCUACGCUCUCCCCCUGUGCUGAGGUCACCCCACGAGGCGGCUCUGCGGGAACGCCACCGGAUGUCAGCCCCUCCGUACCUACCUGGAAGCCUGGGGGAUAUAACCCACGAGUACGGAGGCUCCUCACAGUCCUUCCUCACAGACGUGAGCGCCAUGGCUGAGAAUGAGGAUGCUGGGCUCUACUACCACCCCCUGACUCCGGAGCCUUACUCCGAAAGCCAGCAGCAGCAGAGACUGCCUCAGCCACAUCAGCACCCCAGUGCUCCUGACCACUUUCAUGAGGACUAUAGAUACUAUGAACAGAGUGAACAUCAAAGCCUACCACCACGACAACACACUCCCCCGGCCCCCAACAGACCGGCAGCAGGUAUCGGUCGACUGCAGUCCAAGUCUCUGGGGAACCUGUCCAGUCUGAGCUAUGAGGACCUCUCCCUGCCCCGUGGUUGGACGGUAGACUGGACCAUCCGAGGCAGGAAGUACUACAUCGACCACAACACCAACACCACCCACUGGUCCCACCCCCUGGAGAGAGAGGGUCUGCCCCCUGGCUGGGAGAAGGUGGAGUCGGCUGAGUUUGGACCCUACUACGUGGACCACGUCAACAAGAGGGCUCAGUAUAGACACCCCUGUGCUCCUAGCGUGCUCCAAUAUGACCAGCCUCCUCCCGUUGUAUACCGGCCUCGCCCAGCCGAGCGGAACCAUCCGGUUCUGGUACCAGCCAAUCCGUACCACACGGCAGAGAUCCCUGACUGGCUACAGGUGUAUGCCCGCGCCCCACUCAAGUAUGACCAUAUCCUGAAGUGGGAGCUGUUCCAGCUGGUGGAUCUGGACACGUACCAGGGCAUGUUGAAGCUGCUCUUCAUGAAGGAACUGGAGCGCAUCGUCAAGUCCUACGAGGCCUACCGUCAGGCCCUGAUGUCUGAGGUGGACCAAAGGAAACCGAGGUAACAGUGGUACACUCGGGGCCCAGGAGCAGCCAGACAAGAACUUCACAGGGAAGUAGGCCCUAUUCACUAGGAAGCAAACAAGACAAAAUGGUGGUGGUGGGGGGGUGGCUACAGUGUGCACUAAUGAAUAUGACCCUGAACUGACUGGACAGAGGAAUGGAGCCUGUGGAUAGCUGGACCUGGGACUUUGAACUUCCUAUGAAGUUCUCCCCCUGAAGCUGCGACAGUACAGAGCUCCACCCGUCUGAGGUUUCUACAACAAGGAAGUCCGCCCCUUUAGAGGUUUCCGCCCUGCCCCAGUAGGUCAGGGUUCAUCUCUUGUUAUGAUUGACCUCCUUAUUGCCGUCUCCUCCUCACCCAAACGUAUGUCGUCGUCUCCCCGUUUUUAUAUCAGCCAAAUGUCCAGAUGCUGCUCACAUCACGUGGUUACGCAGGUCCCCCUCCCUUCGUGAUGAUUCGC